UUCCAAUUGAAUUAGAUCCAUUUAUGAUUAUUAGAUUUUUACCAAAAUGAUGCUCAUGUGUCAUACGCACACCUACUUUUCACACAUAAACAUCGGUCAUUACAUUAUGAGAUAAACACGUAAACAUUUUUUUUUACACAAAUAACCAAUCGUUUGUUUUUUUUUUCUUUGGAUCAAAUACAUCUCAUUCGACGCCCACAUGAACACAAAUUACGUGAUUAUAGCCAAGGAAAAAUUGUUAAUAUAAAAAUUAAAGCAGGUUGAAAGCCGCUCUGUUUGUCUCUUUUUGUUUGGAAUGAUUUUUCAUCAUAGAGACGAAGAAAAAAAUCCCCGGUCUUUUGUUGAAAAGAUGAUUUUCUCCCAUUUCGAUCGAAAUACAGUGAAUGACUAGCUUCGUCAUUGGAUCCAUCUUAAGAGAUUCGUUUCUUUAACGCCAACACAACUCGAUCAUUUGAAUUUACAAAUCUGUUCAUGCAUAACAUUUGUAUGCAUAUUCAAUUCAUUGUCCAUCAUUAUUUGUUCAUUAUCGAUUAAUCGCCAAGAUCAUUUCGUGAUUGUGUUGAUCCAUUUUUUUUCAUCCAAUAAUCUGAUUAUGUUCUCGUAAUUCUAUUUGGCUUUUUUGUUCAUUUUAAUUUUGGUCAAUCAAAGACCCGAUCAAAAAUGGUUGUAAUGCCACAUAAAUUAUCUCCAGCAAAAUCAACCAGUUGUUUAUUAACGGCAAUCGACAACGGUAUUCAUCAUGCUGUUUCACAUCAUAACAAAGAUCAUUUAAUUAAUAAUAAUUUGAAUGAUGGUGGUGAUUGUGCAAUGUGUUGUUGGUCACCUAUACCCGGAUCAUCAUCAUCAAUGAUGGAUAUAUGUUGUAAUGGUGAUUCAUCUACCAUGUGUACUAGGAACAACAGCAAUAACAACGCAUCGAAUCCAAAUAUUUGUUCAUCAUAUAAUUCAACAAAUACAUCUGGUACAUUAUUUAUUGGCAAAUGUCGUAAUGUUCGACUUCGUCGUACUGAUCAAAAUCAAUCGUUAGGAUUUUCAAUUCGUGGUGGUUGGGAACAUGGUAUUGGCUUUUAUGUAUCGGACGUACAACCAGAUUCAUUGGCUGACAAACAAGGCCUCUGUCCUGGUGAUCAAAUAUUUCGCAUAAAUGGUUUUCCAUUGGAUCGUGUCAUUCAUGAUGAAGUGGUGGCAUUGAUUCGUAUGUCAGCUAAUGAUCUUACACUUCGUGUUCGUUCAGUCGGUGUUGUACCAUUUAAAGGUCGAGGCCCUGGUGAUAAAUUGACUUGGAAACGUUUAUGUGCUCAACGUUCAAUGACAUAUAGCUGUAAUGGUGAUAACGUUGUCGAAAUGUCAGCUAUCAACAAUGCUGGUGCUAGAACAAUGAUGGCUGCAACACACUCAUCAGGAUCAUCAUCCGAAGUUAGUUCAUUCGUUUAUCACCAACAUCAUCAUCAUCAUCAUAAUAAUAAUAAUCAUCAUCGCCAUCAUACACAUCAUCCUACACGUCCACGGUCUGCAUCAUCAUUGACUACACCUGCUUCAUCAACGAUAUCAUCCACAUCGGAUGAUCAUCUAUCAAGUUCUGAUGAUCAGUCUGAUCUUUUAAUUCAUCCACCACCACAACCACCACCGCCACCACCACCUUCUUCUCAUAAUCAUCAUCAUCGACCAUUAUCACCACCAUCGAUGCCUUUAUUACAUUCAACACUUCCUUCAAACUCAUCAUCAUCAGGAUCAACAUCACCUUCAUCAACAUCAAGGCCAAUUUAUUGCGCCAACUAUAAUGAACAACAUCUUUAUAUUCAAUGUCAUCAACCAGGUUCAUCAUUAGGUUGUUCGGUUGUCAAUGGACCGGCAUCAUGCCCGGGAAUAUUUAUUCAACAUGUUAAAGAAGGUAAAUUGGCUCAAAAAUGUGGUCUUGAAAUUGGUGAUCAAAUUGUUCGCGUCAACGAUCUGGAUGUGUCGGUGAUCGGUUUUGAUGGUGCCAUAUCGAUGCUCAAAUCAUUGACGAACAUCAGUCUUCUGGUUCGUAAAGGUGUUGCCAGACAUAUAUUUGAGUGCCGUGAUCAUUAUAGUACAAUCAACAAUGAUGCUUCCACAUCUAAUGGUGGUUCAUCACAGCAACAAACAACAUUGAACAAGUGCCAUUAUUUAUCGCCAACUAAGCAUCAACAGCAACAGCAGCAAUACUUUUCAUCAACAUCCUGUUCAUCUUCGAAAUCAUCGAAAUCAAAGUCAAAAUCAAACAAUAUUCCAUCGUCAAGAAUUUCUACUACUUCAACCAAUAAUAAAAAACAUGGUUCAAAAAGUAAAGUUUUAUAUAGUGUUCCACAUCCACCAUUACCAGUGCCGGUACCACCGCCAGUCCCACCCCCACCUUCUACUAGUUCGACAUUAGUGUCAGUGAAAACCGGAAAUAAAAGUCCAGCGAAAAACAGCCCAACUUAUCAAUCACAUCAGCAUUACAAAACUGCAUCAACAAAUCUCUCAACAUUUCAGGGUACUGGAACUACAUCAGCAUCAUCUUCAUCAUCAUCGAAUUAUUGUUCUGCAUAUUCUUCGGUUCAAAUUUCUGCAUCUUCCAUCAAUGCUUCACCAGGUUCGUCAUCAUCAUUAUCAUCGUCUUCGUUGAAUUCUUGUGAAAAAAAUCGAUGUUGUUGUAAACGUCAACGUUCCAAGGAUGAAUAUCAGCAACAACAACAGUCAAUUUGUAAUCGGCCGUCUACUUUUCCAGUGGACAAUGUUUCUUAUGCACAUCCUAUACCAUCAUCAUCAAUUGUUCCGGUUUUACCUCCAGUAGUACCACCCGUAACAUUAUUCACAAACGUACAUCAUGUUGAUCAAGUAACAAAUGCUGUAGCCAAUUCGAUUCGAAUAUUACAGGAAGUUCGGGAAAAAGAGGAGAAACUUGUUGAGGCUUCUCGAAAAUUGAACGAAGAACAUGAAAAACUUUGUAGAGAAAAAGAAAAAUUAGAAAUUGAAAAGAAAGAAUUGUUGUUGAAUAAAGAAAGCAUAUAUCAUUCGCAUCAUCAUCAUCAUCAUUCUUCUGCACAACACCAAAUAGCUGAUGGAAAUCAUCUUCAUAAUAAUGGUAGCCAUCAUUAUCAUCAUCCAAGUCAAUCAUCAUCAUCAUCAUCAUCGACUAUGACGACAACUUCAUCAUUAUUACAACAACAUCAUUACAGUACUAUAGGAUCAUCGACAUCUUCAAUAUCAUCUUCAUCACCAAAUUGUCCCUCAUCAUCAUUAUCUUCAUCGAACGUAAUGAUACAACAACCACCACGACCACCAUCAUCACCGCCAAUGGGCACAAUUAAUUCGGCAAUCAAUGGACAAUGUAUGCCACAAUUUUCAUUUCUUGAAGAAAUCAAAGCUAUGGGUGAGAAUGGUCGCCGAAGACAUUUACGGCCAGUGAAUUCGAUCGAAUCCAAUAAUAAUUCGUCGAUUAUUGAUGAUAAUAAUCAUUUGGAUCAUAAUUCUUCAUCGGCCAUUUCAACUGUGGAUAAAAAUAAAUUAUUACGUCGUCCACCUUUUGGCGGUGGAAAAGAUAACGGUAAUAGCAGCAAUGGCGUUGGAUGUUCAGGUGUUGGCAGCAAAGAUGCUUCGGAUAAUAAAAAACGACAACAUGAACUUUUAAUGGAAGAAUUUAGGAUAGCACAUCAGAAAAUGUUUGGCAGACAAAAUCGACAACAUCCUCAUCAUAAUCGCUUGAAUGAACAGCAAGGCGAUGUCCAUGAUAAUGUUGAUGAUGAUGUUGGUCAAGAUGUGAAGGAUUGUAUAGAUAAAAAUGAUAAACAUAAAGAUGUUGAGGAUCAACAUUAUCGAUUAUCAUCAAUCAAUAAUAAUAAAAAUAAUGUCGAUGAUCAUAAAUCAUCUUUAAAAUUAUCAAACCAUCAGGAUAACGACAAUGAUUCGUUGGACAAUAUGAUACCGGUUGAAUCAUCAUUAAACAAGUUGAAUUCAAAUUCAUCCAUUACCAAUACAAUAUCGGCUCCGACCAUAACGACAUUGUUAAAUGUAUUUCCUAGACGUAAUUUUCCCAACCAAACAAUGUCCAAUCAACAUGUGAAACAAAUUCCAUCAUCAUCAUCAUCAUUAUCGACAUUGAAAUCAACAUCAUCAUCAUCAUCAUCAUCACCAUCGAAUGAUCGACCAAUUUUGUCCAGUUUCUCUACCACCAAAACUAACACAUCGACAAUCAAUAAUAAUAUUUCUAAAAAUAGAUCAGUCGAAAUGGACCAUUCGAUAUCGUUGUCAGCAGCAAAAUUUGUAUUGAAAAAAUCUACAUCAACAUUUGCAUUAUCAGCACCACAACAAUCGCAAUUGUCAUCAUUUAAAACAUCAACUUACAAUAAAACAUCAAAGGCUAUCGAUGAUCAUCGUCUUUUAUCGACAACAACCGGAUCCAAUCUAAAAUCAUCAACAGCAUCAACUUCGACAACGGCGAAUCGUAUAACUAUCAAAGUUCUUUCACCAAAAAUUCCAGCUUAAAUUAUCAUUCCUUCUUGUUUUUUCUUUUUUAUUGUAAAAUAAUUUUUUUUGCAUUCAUUUUUCUUGUUUUCGUUUUUUAUAUAUUUAAUCAAUGGAUUUUUUUCCCUUUUGGAUGUUCAAUUGAAUAUUGUUGUGGAAUAAAUUACACCUAUGUUCUUUUAUUA